AGAGAGAGAGAGAGAGAGAAAAAGAGCUCAUCUUCCACGGCGACGGCGAGGGGAGGAGGAGAUGAAGCUGAAGCAGCUGGAAGGCCUCCUCGGGGAACUGCAGCAGUUCACCAGACCCAAGGUGGAGCUGGAGCAAUACGCGACGGGCUCUCACAUCGCGUCGCGGAUGCUCUACACGGCAGAGAAUAGUUUUGAUGACAUAACUGGAAAAGUGGUGGCUGACUUUGGCUGUGGCUGUGGCACCCUGGCUGUUGCAAGCUCUCUACUGGAUGCUGAACAUGUUGUUGGUAUUGAUAUUGACCCACAGUGCCUUGAACUUGCUCAAGAAAACGCUGCUGAUCUAGAGUUGGAUAUGGACUUAAUUCAGUGUGAUAUAAAGAAUUUAAAUCUGAGAGGCCUUCUUGUUGACACUGUUGUCAUGAAUCCUCCGUUUGGGACAAGCAGAAAAGGAGCUGACAUGGAAUUCAUUUCUAUGGGCUUGAAGGUUGCCCGUCGAGCUGUCUAUUCUCUACACAAGACCUCUACCAGAGAACACAUCAAGAAGGUAGCCUUGCGCAAUUGCAAUGCCAUCAGUGCUGAGGUUCUGUGUGAGCUCCGAUACAACCUACCACAGACAUACAAGUUCCACAGGCAAAAGGAGGUUGACAUCGCCGUCGACUUUUGGCGUUUCGUUCCACGAGCCCGACAUGAAGGUAGCACUGCAUGCUCUGUUACUGCCAACGUGAAACAGAGAAGAAUGCACGGAUGAUCAUGCAGCCUUUUUUCACAGCGGUUCAGCCGUGUGUCUGAAGAAGACUGAAGAACGUGUUGGUGUUUCCCAGAGUCUGGGCAUGAGGAUAGACCUUGGUUGCGAUUGCAAAUUUGCAAUGGUUUUAUGUUAUUGUGCAAGUAUAAUCCAAUCCAUACCAUGGCCUCUGAAGAACUCCACAAGCUGUCGUUUUGAUGCGUAAUCUGUCUGUCUGUAUACUGAAACUGAUUAACAGCAAAUUCAAGCGUAGUGCACUAGUGCAUGGUGGCUAAUGAUUGAUUUCUCUGGACUGGUUCUCUAGGUCUAUUCUAUGUAUUGGGCCAAUUUAACUGGGCUGCAUGUAGGGGUAUAGGUGAAUCAACCUGCGAGCCCACGUACUACCCACUUAAUAAUUGAUGUUUAGCGAGUCGGCUAACUGAGAAAGCGAUCUGACACUCAAAGAUUGAUACAGCUCGUUGUUGAGGGGCUAAUUGAGA